AUGGCGACAUCACAUUCCUUUCUUCCUGAUCAUCUCACCGCAGCUACGCCGAAACGAGUGGCCAGUCCUCCUCCUCAGCUUCCGCUCCCUCAAUCUCUUACCGGAACCAGCGGCAGUGCACCAUCAUCUCCCCGUCAGUCUACCAAUGCGGCCACAGCUCUGAACCGGCACAGCAACCACUUUAUAACAUCUCUUCCGCCAUCACCGCGCACUUUACCUUCCGACUCCCAACCUUUUUCCUCGUAUCUUCCGUCCAACGCCAUGCAACACGCGGGUUCUACUCAUGCAGGCGGCAUCCAGCCGUCAGCAGCUUUUUUUCGACCGGCACGGCCUGACCAGCAGCAACAUCGCUAUUCUGUAACGGAGUCGCUCUAUCGUUCGUCCCAAGAUGUGCACACAGCUGAUGGGUAUCAACUGGGCGACCUCGCGACGAAAAGACUUUCGACGAGUAGCUCCGAUGCGGGUCAGCCUGAUUCGACGGUGGAGGGGCUUGGGCAGAUGCAGUUCUCUACGCUGAAGAGGUUGAAGCAGAGUCGCGAACCGCUCCUACCUAUCGCAGGCAAACCGAGUCAGUCGGCAGCGCCUCGCAUAUCUAUGAGCGAAGAGCAGGCGGGUCGGGGAAGUAAAGUGCGAAGCAGCCUUGAGAGAGUAUUCAGCCUUCGUCGCGGUAUGAGCUUUGAGUCUAUUCGCAAAUCCACGAGUUCUCGUCCGGCUGCUUCAGAAGGAAGACAGACGUUCGAGGGCAAACUCCCUGAUGAAGAACGUGGAUUUUACCCGCCGCCUCGAGGAAAACAGUCGGUUUCUCCAGGCACUUUCGGUCACUCCUUCAACCCCUCCCCGUCCAUAUCACCUGACCCAUCAUUCUUCCCUAUACCUCCCCAGCGCGAUCCCCCACUUUACGACACCCCCAUCCUCGACCCUGUUUCUGGUAAACCAUCGCGAAAUUACCAACGUCAUCCCUCGCGAAACCGAUUCUUCCUGCGCGGGCGUUUGCUGACUGGCGGCGACUCGCCUUGGGCAUUUGUAGCAUCGUUCACACUGCUUCUUACUGUCGGUGGGGUUUGGUUAGGCACUACUUGCGUAUAUUGGUGGCAGAAUCAGAGUCCAGCACUUGCCGCCGUUGGUAUCUAUCUGACACUUGUAUCAAUUACGACUAUGCUGUCCACGGCUUUCACCGAUCCCGGAAUUUUGCCUCGUAAUCUCGACCUCGAUCCACCAUAUCCGGCUACCUCUCCCUCAGAUGGGGGUGUGCGAGCACCUAUGCCCAGAGAUCUCAAAGUUCGCUCCGAUGUCGUCCGGGUGAAGUACUGCCCUACUUGUAAAAUAUACCGUCCGCCACGGUCCAGUCAUUGCAAGAUGUGUGAUAAUUGUGUGGACGGUUGCGACCACCAUUGUCAGUGGGUCAAUAACUGCGUAGGGCGCCGGAACUAUACAUCAUUCUUCGCCCUUCUUCUAUCUGCGACCCUCACUCUUAUUUUGAUUAUUGUGACGUCGGCCUUGCACCUUUGGUGGCUGACACAACGAGAGCAUCUGGACUUUAGGCACGCGCUGAACAGAGGGGCCGGUAGUGCUGUGGUCUUCUGUCUUUCCAUCGCAAUUAUCUGGCCGGUGGCAGCACUGCUGAGCUAUCAUCUUCGGCUCUUGUUACUAAAUAUCACGACGAUAGAGCAGAUACGCAACCAAGCGCACAAAACCCUUGUUCCUGACGUUGCGCCACCGAAUCCUUUUACUCACGGAAGCUGGAGAAGGAACUUUGUGGCAAUUCUCUGCCGACCUGCUGGCUAUUCGUGGUUGAAUGGACCGGGCAUUGCAACCGAGGACAAGAGAGACAUCAACCCUGGGCUCGACGGGGAAGGUGUCUGGGAUGGGCCUCGUACUUCGUAG